AUGUGCCACGGAAAAUCAAGGCGUUCGAAGGAUCUGUGUCACCCAAUUCUAUCCCACACGGCACCGAUGGGCUUGCAGAAGACUUUGAAGGCACUACUGGCCUUCCAGCUGGUCUGGGCAGUCACUGGCACACCGAUCAAAGCAGCGCAGGGACCCAGGAUCAGACUGUCUUGGGAGGCCGACAUUGGCAGCGACCUGGACUUGUCGAAAGGACUUGCAACCCAUGCUUUUGAGCGACUACAAGGUCCAAGUGCAAAGGUUCUACAGCCCGUCUACUUCAAGUUUCUGGAGCACUAUGGCCGGGUCUUGUUGCCCUCUGAGCGCGCUGAGGUGAAAGUUCCAGCUUGCAAACUCAGUGAAUGGAGCCCAGUGAUUGGGGUUGACAGCUGCUCCAACUAAUCCAUUGACCGUGUCCGCACAGCCCCAAGAAUUGGGGUCCGUAGUCGGAGUCACAGUGCACGGAAACUCCUGAGAGUAAAGGAGCAGUGUCCUCAAGUACAUGUUGAAAUUGAAUUCC